AUGGUGCGAUUAGGUGUUGGCUUGCUUUUUCUGGCCGUAGUAGCUCAGGCACAAUGGCUGAAAAUUCCCAGCCUUGUCAUCAGAGCUUCCGAGAAGUUCUUGAAGUUCGAUAAGCUCCCAGAUAUGACAAAGAAUGAGCCAGUAGAUCCAGCUGAUGCUUUCAUUGAAGAGGUACGAUUAUACGACCAAAUGGAUCGCUUAGAGAAAAAUUCUGAAUCAGAGUCAUCUGAAGAGUUGCCCAGUAUCGAAGAGGAUGAUGCGAGCAUUGCUUCCCGUGAAUAUGACAAGACUUUCAUACGUCUCGCAAAUCCUGAAAACAUGAUUCGCAUUCAACCCGAGCCUUUGGCCGACGAAUCAUACAGCGAGGAGCAAGAUUCUGAAGAAUAUGACCCAAACUUCCACAAGUUAGCACCUCCUAAUAUGGAGAACUUUGAAAAUUACGCCGAGAAGCUCAGCAAGUUCGCCCAGAUGACAGAUGAGAAUCAAGAAGAUGAGCACGACUCUUCUGAUGAAGUCGUCGUCGAUAAUGAUUAUGAAGAGGAAGGAGAAGAAUCUGAGGAGAUUGUCUACGAUGAUAACGAUCAGAUACUCAAGAUCACUCCUGUUAGAAAAGAUACAAUUCGAAUUAGAUAUCCUGAUUAUUCUGAGGAAGAUUAUGAGGAGGAGGAAGCCAUUUUGACUGGAAGCCGUCCAGACCGUACUUGUCUCAAGAAAAGUGGAAAGCUCUUUGAAAGCCGUCAUUCCCUCCGUGUUUGGGAAGAGGAAGACUUUGAGCCCAACGACCUACCCAAAGAGUUUGAUUGGAGAAAUGUUAGUGGAGUGAAUUACUGUAGUCCAACCAGAAAUCAACAUAUCCCAGUCUAUUGUGGAUCAUGCUGGGUUUUCGGAACCACAGGAGCACUGAAUGAUCGUUUCAACAUUGCUCGCAAAAACCGCUGGCCAAUGACAAUGGUUUCACCUCAGGAAAUUAUUGACUGUAAUGGAAAAGGAAAUUGCCAAGGAGGAGAAGUUGGAGAUGUUUUGAGUUAUGCUAAAACCCAAGGAUUAGUUGAGGAAGGAUGUAACGUCUACCGCGCUACUAAUGGAGAAUGUAAUCCAUUCCAUCGUUGUGGAUCAUGUUGGCCAGACAACUGCUUUGCUGUUCAGAAUUAUACUCGUUACUAUGUCAAAGAAUAUGGACCAAUUAAAGGAAGAGAUGCUAUGAUGGCUGAAAUUCAAAAAGGAGGUCCAAUCCCUUGUGGCAUUGGAGCUACAAAGCCUUUCGAAUACAACUACACUAGCGGUGUUUACUCCGAAAAGAGUGAUCUAGAGUCAAACCAUAUCGUGUCUGUUACUGGUUGGGGUGUUGAUGAGAAGGGAACUGAAUAUUGGAUUGUCCGAAACAGUUGGGGAGAAGGCUGGGGUGAAUUAGGAUGGUUCCGUGUAGUCACAUCCAAAUUUUUGAAUGGAACAGGUGAUCAAUACAAUAUGGGAAUUGAACGUGAUUGUUAUUUCGCUGAUGUUGAUGCAACAAACUUGCCAUAA